AUGAAAGGCUCCCAAGGUCAUCUAAUUGUAACUCAAAACAUAGAAUCAUAUAAUCAAUCACAGCCUGGCAAUAACCCAACUGGACAUAAUCUGGGUGAGAUGUCUGCUAGUUCUGAAUAUGGGAUAGAUUUGAAAAAUAAAUUAAAUCUUUCUGUGCACAAAGAAAUUCGGAGAGAUGAACGACCAGUUUCAUGUUCAGAAAGAGAGAAAAUAUUGAAUGUGUUAUCAAGUUUUCCUCAACAUAAGAGAAAUUCCACAGGAGAGAAGCCUUAUUCAUGUUCAGAAUCUGAGAAAACUUUUUCGGUGAAAUCAAGUCUUCUUCAACAUCUCAGUAUUCACACAGGAGAGAAGCCAUUUUCAUGUCAGGAAUGUGGGAAGUUGUUUAAGCGUAAAUGUCAUCUAGAACGACAUAUGAGAACUCAUACUGGAGAGAAGCCAUAUUCCUGUUCAGAAUGCAAAAAAUAUUUUAUUGACAAAGCUUGUCUUGUUAAACAUCUCCGAAUUCACACAGGGGAGAAACCAUUUUCAUGUUCUGAAUGUGGGAAGUGUUUUAGUAGAAAAUCAAGUCUUGAGGAGCAUCAGAGAAUUCACACGGGAGUGAAGCUAUUUCCAUGUUCAGAAUGUGAUAAAUAUUUUAAUGUAAAAUCAAGUCUUGUGAAACAUCAGAUAAUUCACACAGGACAGAAGCGAUUUUCAUGUUCUGAAUGUGGGAAGUGCUUCAGUCAAAAAACAUAUUUUGACAUACAUCAGAGAAUUCACAAAGGAGAGAAGCCAUGUUUAUGUACUGAAUGUGGAAAAUGUUUUACUCAGAAAUCAGGUCUUGUGAGACAUCUGAGAACUCACACAGGGGAGAAGCCAUUUUCAUGUCUUGAAUGUGGGAAGUGUUUUAGUAGAAAAUCAAGUCUUGAGGAGCAUCAGAGAAUUCACACGGGAGUGAAGCUAUUUCCAUGUUCAGAAUGUGAUAAAUAUUUUAAUGUAAAAUCAAAUCUUGUGAAACAUCAGAGAAUUCACACAGGAAAGAAGCCAUUUCAAUGUCCUGAAUGUGGGAAGUGUUUCAGUCAAAAAACAUAUUUUGACAUACAUCAGAGAAUUCACAAAGGAGAGAAGCCAUGUUUAUGUACUGAAUGUGGAAAAUGUUUUACUCAGAAAUCAGGUCUUGUGAGACAUCUGAGAAUUCACACAGGGGAG